AUGGCAACUCAUCUUAUAAAAAGAAUAACUUUAAACCCUUCCCAUUCACCCUUUUCCCUUCGCCUCAAAACAACCUCCUCUCAAUACGUAGCUUCUAGAAUCCGAGAUGCCACAUUUGAAAAGUUCAUGGACAAAUACAAAAACCUCCUUAAAGUUAUCUCCAUCCAAGACCUAAUCCUUGCAAACCCAAACAACCCACCCUCCGUCUCAGUCGAUUUCCUCAACCGCCUCUCUCAAAAACUCCACCUCAACCGUGGCGCCACCGCGUUUUUACGAAAAUACCCUCGAAUAUUCGAAAUCUUCUACGACACUUCCCUCUCUCAACCCUACUGUAAACUCACCCCUUUAGCAAUACAAAUAUCAAAAGAAGAGCAUGAAGCUAUUACCAAAACUCACCCUCUUGUUAUCAACCGUUUGAUUCGGCUUUUGUCAAUGUCAUUAUCCAAAACACUUCCACUUCGUGCUAUUUUCAAAGUAUGGAGGGAACUCGGUCUUCCAGAUGAUUUUGAAGAUUCAAUAAUAUCUCAAAACCCGAAUCUUUUUCUUGUUCUUGAUGCCCAUGAACCCAAUACACAUCUCAUUAAACUUAUCGAUACUAAUCCUAGUCAUGAUUUGACGACAGCUGUUGAAAAUUGGAGGGUUAUGGAGUGUUGUAAAGAUGAUUGUAGUGUUGAUAGAACGGAAAUUAGGUUUAGUUUUAAACAUAGUUAUCCUCCAAGUAUGAAAUUGAAGAAGAAUUUUAGGGCUAAAGUUAAAGAAUGGCAAAAGUUGCCUUACAUAGGGCCAUAUGAGGAGGUGAGAGGUGUUAAGAAGAGGAGUAAGAAUGGAGUUAUGGAGGUUGAGAAACGAGCGGUUGGAAUAGUUCAUGAGUUUUUGAGUUUGACUGUGGAGAAGGCAGUGGAAGUGGAGAAGAUAAGUCAUUUUAGGAAGUGGUUUGGGAUUGAUUUGAAUGUGAGGGAUUUGUUCUUGGAUCAUCCGGGAAUGUUUUAUUUGUCAACUAAAGGGAAGAGACAUACGGUUUUUUUAAGAGAAGGGUAUGAGAGAGGGGGUUUGAUUGAUCCAAAUCCCGUGUAUUGUGUGAGGAGGAAGCUUCUUGAUCUUGUGGUGUUGGGUAGACGUGGUUUGAAUUCGGGUGAUUAUAAAUUGAGUGAAAGUGAGAGUGAGAGUGAAGAGGAUGAUGUUGUACAAGAGAUGGAAAAUGAUUGA